AUGGCACCUGUAAAGUUUUGGGUGGUAGGUCUCCUGCUUGUGCUGCUGUGCUCAUUCCAGGUCCCUUUCUCUGCUAUUGUAAGUGCCCAAGACUUGAACGAACUGGAGGAAAGCCUCCAUGAUAGAAAUGCUAAGGAGGCUGAGACUGAAGAAAGUGAAACAGCUGAGGUUGGUGAAGGGAAUGAAGAAAAAGAUGAAGACUCAGAUGAUGAUGAGGUAGAGAAUGAUGAAAAGGUGGAAGAAGAACAGGAGGAUGAGAAGGAGACAGCAGAGGAGGAAGAUAACAAUGCUGAUAAUGAGGAAGAAGAUGAUUCUGAGGAGAACAGGGAUGUUGAGAAGGAAGAAGAAGGUGAGGCUUCAGAUGAGGAUGAUGCAGAAGAGGAAGAAUCUGAAGAAGAAUAUGCAGCAGAGGAGGAUGAAGAGGAGAGCGAAGAUGAAGAAGGUGAGGCUUCAGAUGAGGAUGAUGCAGAAGAGGAAGAAUCUGAAGAAGAAUAUGUAGCAGAGGAGAAUGAAGAGGAAGAGGUGGAGGAAAAUGCAGAUGAGGAGGAGGAAGUCCCAGCCAAUAAUGAGGAAGACGACGAGAAGGAAGCAAGGCAAGAGGGUGAUGAUGAAGAAACUCAAGGAGAGGAUGUAGAUGAGGAAGAGGCUGACAGUGCUGAAGAGGAUACACAUGAGGAUGACUCUGAAGAUGAAGAUGAUGAGUCUGAAGGUAAAGACACAAAGGACAACCAAGGUGACUCCGAUGAAGAGGAGGGAGUUACUGACACUCCACAGUUCCACUCUGGAUCUUUGUGUAGUGUUUGCUCCAUUUGUGAGCAUUGCUCUAAUAACUGUGCCAAGUGCCCGUGUGAGGAAGGAGAUGAGUCUGAUCACUGUGAGCACUGCCAAGGUUGUUCAACUUGCUACGUUUGUCCCAUUCUUUGUGACACAGUUUGCACACCAGGUGGUCUUGUUGAUGAGCUGACUGGAUCCUUCUUUCAGACUGUUGCCUCUCUGCUCUGAGCUCCCUGGGAAUUAUGUCCAUUUGCUUUAAUGUGAGACUGCUCACCAGACUUCACCACAUCCCACACAAGCUUUUU